UAUUACGACCAUCACCCUACUUGAAUUUCUUAACACCGAACACAAAUAUCCACAACAAAAAUGUAUACGUAUCCGUACAACAGAUAUUUUUACUUAUAAACUUUAAUUUAGUUUUAUUAAGAAAUAUCAAAAGUAAUUACUGAUAUAACGGACGGAACACACAUACCGACAUGUUAAUACCGUUAGCGUGGACGUCAGACAAAACGAGCUACACUUUAUGCCUAUCAGUCACUCGUACGCCGACAACCGACGCGAACCAUACUUUAACGUUUGAUUAAAAUAACGUCAUAAUGCCUGUGUUAGAAUUAACAAAUCCUGUCGUACAAUCGUAUAUAUUGUAUUCAGCUAUACUAGCACUGAAGCUGUUGUCAAUGAGCACACUGACGUCUUUAGUGCGUUUAUCGAGUGGUAUUUUCUCAAACCCAGAGGACGCCAAGGCUUUCAAAGGGAAGGUGAAAUACGACGACCCGAUUGUUGAGCGAACCCGUCGGGCUCACCUGAAUGAUUUGGAGAACAUUCCAGCGUUCUGGGUGAUAGCAGCUCUGUACCUGACGACGGGGCCGGUAGCGGUGGUGGCAACACUGCUCUUCAGAGUUUACACAGCCAGCCGCAUCAUUCACACACUGGUGUACGCUGUGGUACCAUUACCUCAGCCAACCCGCGCCAUAGCGUACAUGAUACCCUACCUCAUCAAGUGGUACAUGGGCUUCCAGGUCAUGAUCUACUAUAUUACUGCAUUGUAAUUCAAAACUUUAUUAAUUUAUUAGGAUUUUAAUGUGCCGGUUUGUACAUUGGUGUUUGUUAUCAUUAAAUGUUUCAAACGAAAUAAAAUAAUAUGUUUUGUUUCUUUA